AUGGGAGUCGAUGAGUCCUUCGUUUUCGGAAUCGAUUGCGGCGAUGUCGAAGGGUUUAACGAAAGGGGAAGAGGGUUUUGUUGUGGUUGGUAUUCUGAAGAAGUGGAGUCAGUAAAAUCAUGGAGCAAACAUGAUUCUGUUUCUGCUACUGAACUCAGGAAAGUUAGGGAAUCCCUUAAAUCAGGUUCUUCUAAAUUACGAGCAUUGGUCGACGAUCCUCUUCCGGAUGCAUUGCAAUCAAUUGAAGGGACUGGAGAAGCCAUUCUCCUGGAAGGAAAUCUGCCGCAAGUAUCACCUUGGUGGCAGCAGUUUCCUAAGCGCUUGGUUACGGUACCGUUGUGUUUUUCAGCUGUUUGCUGUAACAUACGUUGUGACUUAGUAAUUAAUACUUCCGAUGUCUCAAGAAUUCAUCUGGAGCAGUGCAAUAGUUGGUCUAAUUCAGUCAUGUUUUUUGGAAUUACCUACUUAUUCGGAUUGUUGGUGGCAUGGGCAAAAAGAAUUGGUGGGGAUACACACUUGUGGGUGAAUACUUCACGGAACGGUUCAUCAAGCCAUUUCUCGCCUCAACCCCCUAAAUAG